UGUCACUGAAAAAGCUUUUCUUGGUAUCUGAGGAAACAAUUUUGGAUCUUGUCCAAAACGGGCCGACAAGCCGACUUCUACAUCAUUUUGGUCGUAAGUGUAAGUGGCAUCCAAAAUUGGCAGAGUUGAGACUGAGAGACAAGCCGCUACUGCUGAGUUUUCCAAAGCUUGUUUUCCUCUGAUAGUAGCAAACAAAGUGACUUAAACCAUCUCUAAUGGUUCACUUUAUUUUUCAUUAGAGUAACUCUAUAAUAGAAUUGUGAUAUAUUUCAACGGUACUCUAUUUUAAAGUAAAAAAUAUAGUAAAAAAUAAAAUACCAUUCGAAAUAUUUUUAUUCUAAACUCUAUUUUAAAAUAAAAAAUAGACUGAAGUUGAAGAUACUCUUAGCAAUAUUUAUACACUGCCCUAACAUAUGAGCAAAUUCAUAGAAGACUGUGAGUGCCCCUCAGUCAUUCUGAUUUACCAUCUAUGAAAACAAAAUAUUGACAUCAAGACUUAAAUGGGAUAGAUUUUCACCUCAUGACAAUGUAUUCUUGAAACUGGUACGAAACGAAAUCUUAACAUUAAUAUAAAAAUAACCGCAUUAGGCAAAUAUAAUACUGAGAAAUAAUAUACAAAGAGAAAAACAAGUGGUGCUUACGUAAUUAGAAACUUUGUUAUAUCUUUGGUCAUAUUUUGGGAAAUUUGUUAGAAAACACAAACCAAUGUUCUGAAGUUUCUUUUGCUUGGUAUGAGACUAGCGGUCUCUUCAUAUUAUUGUAGUCUCUUCUGUUUUGCAUGAGAGCAGUUAAUGUAGUUUUUUAAGUGGGGGUUGAAUUCCAGAUAUUAUUUAAACAAAAACACGUUUUCAUAGUCAGCGGACAUUGCAAGACGAAAUUUCUCCAACUUUUUGCCAAACUGAAUCCAAUACCAAUAUUAGUAUAUAAUAUACCAACCUCGAGAAAUAACUACUUUGCUUUUUCCUUUGUUAUAACAGAAGACUAAUGGUUAUAUGAAUUCUAAACAGAUCGACUUUAUACGAUUAGAUGUUAUAUAAAUUUUAUACAGAACGCAUUGAGUUUCUCGAGUCGUCCCUGACCUUCGACGACGUAUUGUACUUUGACAAAAAAUAAAUAUAAUUAUUAAAAGAAAUGGCGAAUUGACCAAGUCUGGAUUAAGCUUAAAACUGUUAAUAAUGUUUUAGCCGCGGUCAAAGUCAGCGAAGAUGUGUUAGAGGCUAUAUAAAUACACACCAGCUUGCUUGCUUCAUUCUCUCUCUAAAGAUAACUUAAAAAUUAAAAUCAUUUCAUUUCUUCUUCAACUGGCAUCUUCAAUCUUUCACAAGGAUCCUUUUUUAACUUAAAGAGAUCUUCCAGAGUUGUUGUGAGAUGGAAUUGGUGUCUGGGAAAGUAAUUCAAGGUUGCUCCAACGCAGGCAAUCCUUUCCAUGAGUGUACUGCUAUUUGUUUAGAUAAAUUAAACUCCGUGGAUCAUGUCUACAAGAAGGAGAAGAAGCUUUUUGGUAUGCAAAACUGUUUUUUCUUUCUUUCUUUCUGUAUUCUGUUUAUUGACUGGGUCAAAGUUGCCAUCAAGACUUUCUGAUGAGACUUUGUUUUAUUUUUGUCAAGGGUUUGGUAAGAGAACUCCAAGUAGGGACACUCCUCCAGGCAGCCCGGCUCGUGGAAGCAGAUCGCCUCUGCCCAGCUUUUUCGCCGCCAAAAAGAAGGUUGAGUCAAACAGUCCAUCUUCCACUGAUCACACCAAUAAUAACUUCUUCAGCCGCCUUUCCCCGCUACAUGGACUCCCAUCCCAACUCAAGAACGAGACUGCAACCAGUGUGGACUCGCUCCCCAUGUCUCCUACUCUGGCUGGAUAUUUAGGAGGAGACUAUUUUGCAAGAAAGCGUGGUGGUGAGGAUGAUGAUAUGUACUCUCCAAGGCCUUUUGGAAUUCGUCCUAAGACGCCUGAACACCCUCUUAGGACGCCUCAGCAUAGGCCCCGUACACCCCAACGCGUCUCUGAUACUAGGCCGUGGGCGCACCAAGAGGAUCCAAUUUCCCUAGAAACUAGGCCAAAGACGCCCAUACAUGAGUCUUCUGCAAUAGGACGGAGGCCCCAAACACCAGAAACUAGGAAGCAGACUGCACAACAUAGGGGGAGGUCGACUGAGUUCAUGGCAAGAUCCCCCGGGCCAAGGUCCAAGACCCCAGAGCCUCAACCUACCUACUUUGAACCAUCCUCAAGGACACCGAAAAUGCGGUCCAAGACUCCAGAGCCCAGUACUAGGGUACCACAAACUCAGCCCAUAUCCCACAGAUCUCUUGACAGUGCUGAAACUAGGCCUAGGACGCUGGAACACCAGACCAGGACCGUAGAAACAAGGCCAAGAACACAUGAAAGUAGGCCGAAGACUGCAGUCCAUAGAGGAAGAUCACCUCAUCACAGAGAGACGAUCUCACAAAAUCAACAAAGUUCCUUUGAGAUGGGUCAAAGAUCACCUCAGCCCCACAUUUAUCUUGGGAGCAAAGAUGACUCGGAGAACGAUGAUGAAUCAGUUCUACUCUAUCCAGAACUUAUAUUGUCACCUCAAGAAAGGCCACCCGUUACGCCUAGUCGCAAGGGAUAUGAAACUCCUACCAAACAAGAAGAACGUUUCGAACAACUUGAUGAGCCCGCAAGCUCAGAUGACGAUAAAUUUUCAUUUGUGGAUGAUGAUGAUCACGACGAUAAGCAAGACAAGGAGCCUCCAGAGCUCCCAGAUGAAUCACAGAGAUUCAGUCUCUCAGAAAUCUCCCGCAUGAAAGGAAUAAUAACAAUAAAGAAAAGUGACGAGAUCCAGUCCAUUGUAUCUGACUCUAUUGUUUCUGUGGGAGACUACAGAGUCCGAGCGAGCGUCUCGGCCACUCUUUACCAAAUCCUCGACAAGCACGGCGACAUUGCAUCCGGUUCUAAACUGCAUUCGCUUGCCACGCGAUCCUACUACCUCGAGAUGCUUGCCUCCGUUGUUUUCGAACUCCAGACGACGCCCUUGAGGCAUCUCAAGGAGUCCCGCGUGGUGGAAAUGCUAGCGAUUGUUAGAGACGUUGAGUCGGUGAAAAUCAAGGCGGGUUGGCUCACGCCCGUCCUGGAGGAAAUAGUCGAGGCGGUGAAGCACUACGACCAGCACGAGAGGAGCAGAGUGGAGAGAGAGGUGUGGGAAGGGGAAGUGUUGCUUGUGAGACAAGAAAUGGAGAGAGAGGGGAAGGAGCUGAAGGAGAAGGAGAAGAAACUGAAGGAGUGGAGAGAGAGAACGACGGAGAUGGCUGGGAAGUUGGGUAGUCUUGAUAUGAGACGAGCGCGUCUUGACAAGAGCUUGGCGCUUUUGAGUUCCAAGGUGGACAAGUUUCAGGGUAAAUAUGUUCUCUUGUGACCAAACAGUUACUUCUUGUUCAUUUGGCGUUGCGUAUGCAUCCGAUUAUUCUUUUGUUCAUCACGUGUGAGUGACAAGACAAAGCCUAGCUAGCCGCAAAAUAAGCAUUUGUGAUUAUCUGUUUUUGGCUUUUCGUUAGAGUGUAAUUAUGUAUAUGUGAUUAUCUGUUUUCUACACGUCCUGUUCUACGUAUAUUUAUCUCUU